AAACACUUCUGCAUGCAGUCUUCCACGUGCCCUUUCCCCCUAUUAUCUUCUCUUUCUCUCAAAUUUCAAUUUCUUUAAUAUCUUUCUGCUAAUUUUUUUUUCAAGAAAUAAAAAAUAAAAAUAAAAAUCAAAAUCAAAAUCAUAGGCACCUUCCUCUUCCAUUUCUAGAAUUUUGAUAGCGACCCACUCAUAUUUUUCUGCAAAAAAUUUCAGAAAAAAAAAAUGAUUUUAAAAAAUUAUAAGGGAAUUUGUAUAUUUUUUUUUGGUAUCUCAGCUAUACAAAUAUAGAAAUUAGCAAGAAAGUGCUGUUCUUCUUCUUCUUCUUGUUAUCCACUACUUUCUUGGAGGUAAUUUUUCAGUUAGAUGUUGUUUGGUUACUGAAUACAUAUGUUUCUUGAAAACCCCUUUUGAUUUUCUUGUAUUUGGGUGAACCCCAUUAGGGUUUAUUGAGGUAAUUUUUAGUUCAAAGUUGCUAUUUUUAGUAAUUUGGGGUUCUUGGUUUUUGUAUUUGUUUAAUGUAGAAAUAGUAAUUUUGGGUUUUGGUGGUAAAAAAAAUUGAAUCUUGAUUUGUAAAGAUUAUGGCUUUUGAACAAAGUUCAAUACCUAAAGAUUUGAGGCCAUUGAAUAUUGUUAGGACAGUGGCAGAAGAAUCGGGUCGACCCGUUGAGGGGUUUUAUGGUAACCCGACCCGGGAUGUUGGAGGUAGUCCUGGAACUAUACAAGGGGUUUAUUAUCCUGCUACUGUAGCUGAUGGAGGGUUUGUAGGUUUAGGAUAUGCUAAUAAUGCGGGUUCGGUGGCAGCUGGGUGGGUCCCACAGGUUGUUGGUUCGCAGCCACCGGGUGUUGUGAGUGUUGGUGUUGUGAAUUCGGGUAGUGGGUUGUCGCAUAAUUUGAAUUCCGGGGGAAGGGUUGGUAGUAAUGCGUCUGAGCGUGCUACCGAUGAUGGUGGUGGUGAUGGUUCGGUGUCAGGGAGGAAAGUUAAGUUUUUGUGUAGUUUUGGUGGGAGGAUAAUCCCGAGGCCGAGUGAUGGGGCAUUGAGAUAUGUAGGUGGACAGACUAGAAUUAUUAGUGUUAGGAGGGAUGUGAGUUUUGCGGAGCUGGUUCGCAAGAUGGUAGAUACUUAUGGGCAGGAUGUGACGAUUAAGUACCAGUUGCCUGAUGAGGAUCUUGAUGCACUUGUGACCGUUUCUUGUUCAGAAGAUCUUGAAAAUAUGAUGGAUGAGUAUGAAAAGUUGGUUGAAAGAGCGUCAGAUGGGUCUGCUAAAUUGAGGGUGUUUCUUUUUUCGUCUUCAGAGCUUGAAUCGUCCGUUGUAGCGCAAUUAGGAGAUCUACAAGAUAGUGGACAGAGGUAUGUCGAGGCAGUGAAUGGGAUUAGUAAUGGAGUUGGUGGUAUUGGUCUUGCUAGGAAAGUGAGUAACGCUAGUGCUGGUUCCACCCAGAAUUCAGAAUUUAGUGGCUCUGAAGCUAUGGAUGGCUUAGGUCAUGGUCAGGGGGAGCUUAGAGCUGUACCUUCUUUUGACGCAUUAUCACCUAGUGGGACUUCUGCUACCUCUCAAGAACCGGUUUACAGUUUGGUGUCUCCAGAUGCACAUCCCGCAGCUCAUGCUGAUGCUUCUGUUGCUCCAGUGACCAUUCCAUUAGUUGUUCCUGGUACAGUGUCAAGUGUAUCUGCUCAGCCGGAGCACGGGUUAGAGAAAGUUAUGCCUGUUGCUGCACAGCAGCAACAAAUGGGUUAUGAUAUGCAGCAAACAGGAGUGACUUAUCCAGGAACUACACCAUAUGUCCCAGUUUAUGUGGAUCCUCAGAGGGAGACUGCAAGCCGUACAGAUUAUGUUCAGAUCCCUUCCCAAAUGGGAUUCCCAAGACAGCUUUUGGGAACGGUUGGGCCAGUAAUCAAUCAGCAGCAUAUAAUUGCUGGUGGUUCGACUCAGCAGUUUGUCCCUGCUCUUCACAUGACAAUGACUCCUUCAGGCCAUGUCAGUAUGAAUCCUAAUCUGGUUGCCUCACAGAUUCAGCCCCAACAUGUUAGGUUAGAACAUUAUCCUGCAGAAGGAACAUUGGGGCAGAGAGUUGUGCAGUUACCUAUUGACCAAGGAUAUAGUGUCUAUCAGCAUCAUGCCCCUCCUGCAGGUCUUGGAGGAGCUUAUGGAUGGCACCAGGUUCCGCAGACUCAGCAGGUGCAGGUGCCACUUUCUGAAGGUCAGGUGCCUCAACCACUGGUUACUGGUUCUGAGGCAUCACCUAGGUUUGAUGACUGUCUAAUGUGUCAAAAGUCGCUGCCUCAUGCACACUCAGAUUCAAUAGCACAAAACCAAAGAGAGAGUCCUGCAAGCACAGUAUCUGACUUUAAUCCAGUGCAUCAUAGCCUUAGGUUGGAUGAGAGGGGGCGGCCUAUUUACCAAGCUGUUACAACAGGAAACCUGGGUGAGGGAGCUGCUGUUGGGCAAAGAUUUGGGGGUCAGAUGGAUCAUGGAGUUGGAAAAGGCCAAGGUGAGGUAAUUGGAGGCUCACAAACUGUUGAUAAACAGCAUGAAUAUGAUAGAAACCUUCAAAAACCUGAGUUCGCAGAGCACCCAAAGGUGUCAGUUCCCCAAGGUGUGAUAGGGUUAACAAGUACGGUGCAGCAAUCACCUUAUGGAGUUUUUGUUGGUGCUGUUCCUCAACCAUGCCAUGUUAAUGCCACUGAGCAGCUUCUGGUUCCAUCACAAUAUCAGGUUAAACAGGAAGUUGCGGUGAACAAACCAGUCAAUAGUGAUUACCUUGUGGUUGGAGGCGUGCCUGGUCAAACACUGGAUAACUUAAGUGGUGAAUCUCCCAAGAAUUAUAGUGGAACCGUACCUACCAUGCUUCCGAAAGAAAAUGAUGUAGAAUCUGUAACGGCUUACAACCAUUUGAGGCAAAUUGAGGGAAGGAUAGAAAAUCUCCUGAUGAACCCUGCUGAAAUUUCAGCAAAUAAUGAGCAGAGGAAGCCAGCUGUUGAUUACUUUAGAAGGGAAGACAUCUUGAGUAACAGAGUACAACCGUUUGGUGGGAUGGAGGGAUAUCCAGGGUUGGUUACUAGUAACGUGAAUCCAAAUGAAAUACCUGUUUCUCCAAAUGAGAAUCGUCUCUUGCACAACCUUCAGGCUGCAGAAGGGUAUGAAGUCUCUCAGCAUCCUGUUAUGACAAAUCCAGGUGUGCAUGCCCAACCGAACUUGAUCCCAGGUGAAAAAUCUACCCAUCUAACUGCCGCCCAUGCAACAGAAAGAACUCCAGCUAUUGGUGAAUGGAAAGACGGGGCUCAGCAUUUCCAGCCAAUGUUGAGUCCUACAACUGCUGAAAUGGCCAUUCUUGAUAGUACUGCACCAUUUGUACAGGAGAAUUCAAAUUCUCUAUAUAGCUACCAGGAUCCAUGGAAUUUGCAACAUGAUGCCCAUUUCCCUCCUCCUAAACCGAGUAAACUUCAGCUAAAAAAGGAAGCUGCUGGCACCAAGGAUUAUUCUGGCGAGAAUUGUUUUGACAAUAGUGAGUUGCCAACUAUUACUAGUGGUGGAUUACAAACACAGAUUCGGUUGGAGGAUGGAGCUUACCUUCCCUCAGGUAAUACAGAUUACAGUUCAGAUCAAUCAUGGUCCAAGAAAGGCUCAGAGGAGGAAAUGAUCAAACAAGAACUUCAGGCUGUUGCUGAGGGCGUCGCUGCUUCUGUUCUUCACUCAUCAACUCCAUCUAAUGCUGAUCCGUCCACACAUGGGAGGAGUGAGUCACCAUCUUCAAGUCAACGGAAUGCUGAAUUUGAAAACAUUAAUGCCGGAAAGGACCCCAAGGAUAAAUUUGAGGAAACUAAAACUAAAUUUCCAGAGAGAGCAAAUUUUGGGUUUCCUGUAUCAGAUGGCAUUGGGCGCUUGCAGAUUAUAAAGAAUGAUGACCUCGAGGAGAUUCGGGAAUUGGGUUCUGGUACAUUUGGCACUGUUUAUCAUGGAAAGUGGAGGGGUACUGAUGUUGCAAUUAAAAGGAUUAACGACAGGUGUUUUGCUGGGAAAGCUUCAGAACAAGAGCGCAUGAGGGCUGAUUUCUGGAAUGAGGCCAUCAAACUUGCUGAUUUGCACCAUCCAAACGUGGUUGCCUUCUAUGGUGUUGUGCUAGACGGUCCCGGUGGCUCAGUGGCUACUGUUACAGAAUAUAUGGUUAAUGGGUCCUUGAGAAAUGCUUUACAAAAGAAUGAGAGGAAUUUGGAUAAGCGGAAACGCCUCAUUAUCGCCAUGGAUGUUGCAUUUGGAAUGGAGUAUCUGCAUGGGAAAAAUAUAGUGCACUUUGACUUGAAAAGCGACAAUCUGUUGGUUAAUCUGCGUGAUCCCCACCGUCCAAUAUGCAAGGUUGGUGAUUUGGGGCUAUCCAAAGUGAAAUGUCAAACACUAAUCUCAGGCGGUGUACGAGGAACUCUCCCCUGGAUGGCACCUGAACUUCUCAAUGGAAGCAGCAGUCUCGUCUCUGAGAAGGUCGACGUAUUCUCCUUUGGAAUUGUACUGUGGGAACUUCUUACCGGAGAAGAACCAUAUGCCGAAUUGCACUACGGGGCUAUAAUUGGUGGUAUCGUUAGUAAUACGCUUCGACCUCCUGUGCCCGAGUCCUGCGACUCAGAUUGGAAGUCACUCAUGGAGCGAUGUUGGUCAGCCGAACCAUCGGAGAGGCCUAACUUCACCGAGAUUGCCAACGAGCUACGAGUGAUGCAAUCUAAGAUCCCUCCCAAAGGACAAUCACCUACCUCAGCAAACACCAACCAAGCUAAAAGUUGAUUUUACACUAUCCUUGAUAAUUGCUCUUUUUACCUUGAUUUGACAUAAAGAUGAACUUAGGUAUAUAAAUUAGCUCAAAUGUAACCAUAAUAUAGUCAUCUCUUGUUUUUGUUUUCUGGUUUUUAGAUUUACAUUCCUCUUUAUUAUUGGCUUAGUUUGGUGUUUCUAAAUUCUAAUACAGUCAAAUGUGGUUACUAGAUACUGACCAAAUAUACAUCAAAUCAAAGUAAAUGAAACACAAAUAUUUUCUUCUC